AUGCAUGACCGCAAUUCUACUGUGUUUGAGAGUCUAAAACAAGUGGCGGCCAACAGUGUGGUAGCUCAGUGUGGUCCGUGUGGAGGUGAAGCAGGAUCUUCUGGGGAUUGGCCGGCUCAUCCAGCCAGAGCGUAUCACUUUAGGAGGCUGUGCUGCCACUGAGGAGGACUCUGAAACUCAUGUGCUCACCUUUGAAUCAGAACUGCAUGGCUGUGGCAGUGAGCUGACGGUAUGUUACGUUGGUUAACUUCCUGAAGAAUGGGACUCAUUAUUCUAGUCUGAUACAUGAUUUGUGACUCUCUUCCUAGAUGACGGAGGGCGUGCUGAUCUACACCUUCACUCUUGUCAAUGAGCCAAAACCUCUUGCUAACACUUCUAUAGUGAAGCCCAGUGCAGCUAUGGUUGAUAUUGAGUGCCACUACUUGAGGUAACUUGUUGCCUUUCUUCACUUUGACAACACCUAUAAUUCUGAGGUUUGAGUAAUGCCAUAUUCCAUGUAUGUUUCUAGGAAACACGAUGUGAGCAACAAUGCCCUGAAGUCUGGAGAGCCUGUGGGACAAGAACCUAGCAAGCCUGUGGGACAGGAACCUAGCCAGGUUGUUGUGGGCCUGGAACCUAGCAAGCCUGUGGGACAGGGACCUAGCAAGCCUGUUGGAGAGCCUGUGGGCCAGGAACCUAGCAAGCCUGUGGGCCAGGGACCUAGCAAGCCUGUUGGAGAGCCUGUAGGCCAGGGAACUAGCAAGCCUGUUGGAGAGCAUGUGGGCCAUGGACCUAGCGAGCCUGUGGGCCAGGAGCCUAGCAAGCCUGUUGGAGUGCCUGUAGGCCAGGAACCUAGCAAGCCUGUAGGCCAGGGAACUAGCAAGCCUGUUGGCGUGACUGUGGGCCAGGAACCUAGCCUGACUGUGGGCCAGGAGCCUAGCAAGCCUGUUGGAGAGCCUGUUGGCCAGGAGCCUAGCAAGCCUGUUGGAGAGCCUGUUGGCCAGGAACCUAGCAAGCCUGUAGGCCAGGUGCCGAGCAAGCCUGUUGGCGUGACUGUGAGCCCGGAACCUAGCAAGCCUGUUGGAGAGCCUGUGGGCCAGGUGCCGAGCAAGCCUGUUGGCGUGACUGUGCCCGGAACCUAGCAAGCCUGUUGGCGUGACUGUGGGCCAGGAGCCUAGCAAGCCUGUUGGGGAGCCUAGCAAGCCUGUUGGAGAGGCUGUGGGCCAGGAGCCUAGCAAGCCUAUUGGAGAGCCUGUAGAACAGGAACAUAGCAAGCCUGUAGGCCAGGGAAUUAGCAAGCCUGUUGGAGAGCAUGUGGGCCAGGAACCUAGCGUGACUGUGGGCCAGGAGCCUAGCAAGCCUGUUGGAGAUUCUGUAGGCCAGGUGCCGAGCAAGCCUGUUGGCGUGACUGUGGGCCCGGAACCUGGCGUGACUGUGGGCCAGGAGCCUAGCAAGCCUGUUGGAGAGCCUGUUGGCCAGGAACCUAGCAAGCCUGUUGGAGAGCCUGUAGCACAGGAACCUAGCAAGCCUGUUGGCGUGACUGUGGGCCUGGAACCUAGCAAGCCUGUAGGCCAGGGAACUAGCAAGCCUGUUGGCGUGACUGUGGGCCAGGAACCUAGCGUGACUGUGUGCCAGGAACCUAGCGUGCCUGUGGGCCAGGAGCCUAGCAAGCCUAUUGGAGAGCCUGUAGGCCAGGGAACUAGCAAGCCUGCUGGAGAGCAUGUGGGCCAGGAACCUAGCAAGCCUGUAGGCCAAGUGCCGAGCAAGCCUGUUGGAGUGACUGUGGGCCAGGAGCCUAGCAAGCCUGUUGGAAAGCCUGUUGGAGAGCCUGUAGGCCAGGGAACUAGCAAGCCUGUUGGGCUGACUGUGGGCCAGGAACCUAGCGUGCCUGUGGGCCAGGAGCCUAGCAAGCCUGUUGGAGAUUCUGUUGGCCAGGAACCUAGAAAGCCUGUAGGCCAGGUGCCAAGCAAGCCUGUUGGAGGGCCUGUAGAACAGGAACCAAGCAAGCCUGUUGGCGUGACUCUGGGCCCGGGAACUACAAGCCUGUUGGCGUGCCUGUGGGCCAGGAACCUAGCAAGCCUGUGGGCCAGGUACUUUGCAAGCCUGUGGGACAGGAACCUAACCAGGCUUUAGAGUUUGAGAGCUCCCAGUCCAAGCAGACCUCUGAGAACCCUUUAACUUGGAGAUUUCCUUACGUUGAAAAGCCUGAGCGCAAGCCUACUGUAUUUGAGCGGCUGAAGCAGGUGGCUGCUAACAGUGUGGCGGCUUGGUGUGGGGAGAGUGUGGUCCGUGUGGAGGUGAAGCAGGACCUGCUGGGCAUUGGCCGGCUCAUCCAGCCAGAGCGUAUCACUCUAGGAGGCUGUGCUGCCACUGAGGAGGACGCUGACACUCAUGUGCUCACCUUUGAAUCAGAGCUGCAUGGCUGUGGCAGUGAGCUGACGGUAUGUCACUUCUGCUGUUCAACUUCCUGAAGAAUGGGAAUCGUUAUUCUUGUCUCAGACAUAAUUUGUGAUCCUGUUCCUAGAUGACGGAGGAUGUGCUGAUCUACACCUUCACUCUUGUCCAUGAGCCAAAACCUCUUGCUAACACUUCUAUAGUGAAGACCAGUGCAGCUAUGGUUGAUAUUGAGUGCCACUACUUGAGGUAACUAUUGUUGCCAUUCUUCACUUUGACAACACCUAUAAUUCUGAGGUUUGAGUAAUGCCAUAUUCCAUGUUUUUUUUUCUAGGAAUCACGAUGUGAGCAGCAAUGCCCUGAAGCCGACCUGGAUCCCCUACACCUCCAACAUGGUGGCGGAGGAGCUCCUCUACUUCUCCCUGAGGUUAAUGACUGGUGGGUAAACCUGACUGGAAGCCUCUUCCUCUGUGUAAACCACCACUAACAUGCUACUUGUCUUUCCAGCUGACUGGCAGUUUGAGAGGCCCUCCAACCAUUACUAUCUUGGUGACGUCAUCAACAUGGAAGCUUCGGUCAUGCCCUACCACCACGUUCCCCUCCGUAUCUUUGUGGACCGCUGUGUCGCCACCUUGGCGCCUGAUGUCAACACUGUCCCUAGAUACUCUUUCAUUGAGGACCAUGGGUGAGUUUAGUUGUCAGUUUGACACCUCUUAUGUUACCAUAAAUGUGACCCCUGAAGCCUAACGUUGACCCUUGGUCUCCUCAGAUGUCUGGUUGACGCCAAGCUGACCGGCUCCAGCUCCCAGUUCCUGUCCAGAUCGAAGGAUGACAAGAUCCAGUUUCAGCUGGUGUCCUUCAGGUUCCAACCACAGAAUGAUUCCCAACAGCUCUACAUAACAUGUCAUCUGAAAGCAACUGCAUUGAUGCUGAGAACAAGGCCUGCUCCUUCACAGAUGGGUAUGUAAGCUGAGUUGUGGGAAUAUUACGUUUAUGACAUGCUGCUAUAUGAACUAACCUUCAUAUUUAUCUGUAGGUGGAAGGCUGCAGAUGGGGAUGACGAGGUUUGUGGCUGCUGUGACUCCAGCUGUGCUGCGAGCAAGGCUAGAGAUCUGGACAGUAAUUCAGGUAAGUGUCAAUCAAAGCCAGAGCUUUAUCUUCAUCACAGUUUUAUCUUAUCACUGUUCUCUACUCUCCUCAGAUGGGCAGAAGGAAGGUGAUGCUACCAUGGGCCCUAUCAUAG